GGGGCUGCUCUGGGCCUCGCUGCCGGGGCCCGCGUGGUGCCGCCGGGGCAGCCGCGAGCGCUGGAGCCGCUCCCCGGGCCCUGGGGCGGGCGGCGGCAGCACCGGCUCGGCUCGCGAGCGGCGCUACCGGCCGGUGGGCGGGGAGAGGGGAGGGCAGGAGCAAAGCCGGGCAGCGCUGCGCCUCGGCAGCUCCAUUCUUCCGAACUCUGCAGUUCUGGUUCCAGCUUUCGUUUGGCAGCGUAGAAGUAAAUGCUUAGCGGUGUACACGGGCAGGAAAUAUACUUUUUUUGUUUUAUCUAGUAACAUUGAUCCUGAAAAAUGGACAGCAACAUUUGUGAAGUUUAUGAAGAUGAAAUCCAGUCACUGGAAGAGGAAAUUAAACUAUUGGCUGGAAAGUAUGAAGAUAGCCAACAGGAAUCCACCUUUUUUUCUGAUGAGGAGAUACUAAUGUCAAUAAAAUCAUUCCAAAGAGAACUUCGGGGAGAAUCUGAGGGAUAUGAAUCUCUAUCAGACCUGAAAGCUCAACUUGAAAGUCUAGAAACAGAUCUCUCAUUUUUAAUGAAAUUUACUGGUAUUCAGUUCACAAGUCAUUCCAAGAAAACACUGGAAAAAACUAGAAACAGAACGGUGAGGAAGCACAGAUUAUCAGGGAAUUGCCGCUCCCUGUCUUUUCAGUUGGAAUUCCAGCUUCUUGAAAUGCAGAACAAAGCAGGUGUGUCUGCUGUUAUUACUGAUCUCAGCAUUAUAAUGGAGCCUGGGGGAGAUUCAGAUUUGUCCAAAUUUGUGUCAAGAAAAAGGGUCUUUAAGAGCACCAGACUUAAAAACUUGGCAUUCAGUUGUAAUUUCCAAGCCCAUAAUGCUUUGGAAGAAAACAGAGGAAUGCUAGAACACUUGAGCAACAUGUUUUUAAAAGAAGCAAAAUUCAGCAGGCUAUUUUCAAUCAGCACUGAAGAACGUGGAAGUCUUUUAACGUUUUUCAGAAGCCUUUCAUCUUAUGCUGAGUGGUAUGAACAUCGUAGAUGCACCUUCCUACAUUUCAAGAACAAAUAUCCUGACACCGUGACCCUUCCAGAAGGCCUGCUGGGAGAUUAUAUACUGCUGAGGAACCCCAAAGCUUCUGGGUUUGAAUUAAUGAUUGUUUGGAAGAUACACAUCAAUGAGGAAGGGAGAACUACACCUGUUCUGGACCUUCUGACUAAAGUACCAGAGCAAGUCCUGGAGCAGAAGAUGGCAACUAUUGAGAAUGCACCCACCCACUUCCGGAGCAUGCUGCUGCUGUGUGGGAUAGAGGCAGCUAUCGAGAACCUGGUCAAAGUAUUUGGCUUGGAAAGAUGAAUACCAGCCUUAUUUACAAUAGGUAGCAAUUUCAAAAGUAGUUUUAAUUAAGAUAUUGUGUUACACAGUCUAUAAUUUCAUUGAAUAUAAACAUUAAGUUAUUUUCCAUUUAGAAACCAUACUCAUAAAACAUGCUAUCUGUACAAUUAUGGCACGUUAUAUAUAAAUUGUCAUGACAGGAAAAUAAAUACAGCCAUUUAAAUACAAAAAUGCCAAAUAAAAUAGUUACAUGUACAGAGUGAAUUCAUUAUAAAUUUAUCUUUCUGAAUCAUUAAUGUACCAGAGUGGUUUUAUCUUCUUAACAUUUUCUAGAUACCUGGAAAGUGUUAAAAGAUCAUGCACUGUCAAAAUCAAGUCCAUAAAAAUCCAUUUCAUUUCACAGCUCUGUAAAAGUACAGUGAUUUUAAAAGGACAAGAGAACAGUAAGAGACUCCUGGAACAAAGAGUUAAAUAGCUUUCUCAUUAAAUUAGGGUGGAAGUAGACAAUUUGAAGAUUUCAAAAGACACACUAUGCUAAAAAGGAGAAAAAAAAUGGUAACUGUAUAAAGUAACUUUUUUUCCACACAGCAAGUGUUGAGGAGAGAUGGCAUUAACCUAGAAAGAGACAUUACACUUCAGUAAGGAGAGAUGGACGAGUUAAGGACUGCUCACUGCAGUACUUCCUUUUGAUUUCCUACCUCCAGGGGAAAAUUCUAGUUAAAAAUGCAUCACAUUUCAUACAUUCAUCCCUGAAGAAACAAACCAGAGUGGACAGAUCUCCCUUCACUUCCACCAGAUGUACCGUUCACUCACCAGCAAACUCUCAGCAUUUCUCAAGAGUUCCUGCUCUGCACUAGAUGUCCAUCACAACCAACUGCCUUAUCCAGACCAAAUCUACAUGACUGUAAGUCACAUACUUCUCAGGUAGGGAAUGACAGCUGCUCCUGGAAUCGAGGGGCCAAAGCCACAAACCAGAAUCUCAAUAACAUCAUGGGACUUCAAGUCCACAGCUGCUCUAACCGUACCAGCAGCAGUGUGCCAGCUCCGUUUAUCAGUUAUGAAAAAAUAUUUUCUAGCAAUGGUGAAAUAGGUGGAGAAACCAAGAGCUAAAGAAACAGUAUGUUUAUAAUACCAUAAUUGUAAUACUCUGCUAUUUGAUCACUGAAAUAGUCUCCUACUGUUCUGGUAGGUCAGGAAAAACUGGCAGGUCAGAUUGGUUUCUGUCAGAAUCUACAGUUGAGCAAUGCCAGGGAUUAAGGUUUAAUGAGCAGCAAUCUGUAACAGAAUACCUUGUUAGAUAUCAGGCAGACUAAUUUCAAAUUUGGAAUCUAGUAGACAAGCAAAAUUCAGUGCUGUUUAUCCACUGACAUAUUACUGUUUUAGCUGGUUUUGUGUAACCCUUAGUGUAUUUCAUCUUUAGCUCUUUCUUCCAUGAAAAUGGAAGUUGGUGACAGCACAUGCUCUUUACUUGCAUAUAAAAUGUGUGUAAAGUUACAGCAUAAAACCCUGGAAAGUUUCCUUCCUUCCUCCUCUAACAGCUGGAGGAUUUCUGGAUUUCUCUCCCCCCCCAGGUCUCCUUUGGAAAGAAGAGGUUGUUAUCACUGUCACCUACCAGCUUAUUGCCCUGGUGCAGUGUCACAUUUCAGUGAGGCACCCCACUAACAUGUUACCACCCACAGAAAAGCUCUGCAGUGGCAUGGCUCUGCAGCUCAUACCUUUGAGUUGUACAGGGUUUUCUGAGUUUGCUUUUUGAGUUUCAAGUAAAAUUGAACCAUUCAACCAGAAAUCCCAAUAUAAAUAUAUUUUUUAAAUGCUAACCUACAUUAUUGUGAAAAACAUGACCAGGAAGCACACGCUGCAUUCAGGUAAUGGCAGGUCACUAUAGCUUCAACAGCAUCUCCGCACACUUCUGGGUGUGCAAUCCACAAGCAUGCAGGGAAAGUGCCUGUAGAUUUUACCAUCCUACCCUCUGUUUUGGAUACAUCCUCAGUCUCCAACUCAGGAUCUUCCUUGAAGACGGCUUUUACUGCAACAUCUCACAAGGCUUCAGCUGCAUAUACUAACAUUUACAAAGCAAAGCCAUCAUUAAAUUGCUGAUGUAGUGAUACAAGCUUAGCUCCAGUACUCGCAUGAGAAAGUAAGUGACCCCCUGCAGCUUCAGAAAAGAAAACCCGUUGUGUUACUUAAAACGAAUGUGCCCGAAAGUGGCUGCUCAUACUACACAGCAUGUGGGAUAUCAGUGAUAUAAUGCCACCAUUUGACACAAUCAUCUAAAAGAGCUGAAAUAACCUGUAAAAUGUAGAAUAUAUUAUUCUUACAGUUCAUCUUUAAAUUAGGUAAGAGCGAGCUGUGGUUUCACCUUCAAUAGCAGCACAUAAUGUAUAGAAAAUACAAGACCAGUAUGUCAGAGGCAUUAAGCCCAGCUGUCAUGUACAAUGCAAAGACGUUUACCUUUAACCCUUUUCACUUUGUUUCAGAAGCUUUAGGUAGAUGCAAGGUGACCACAGAGCUGCUGGAGGCAGUCUGGUGUUCUUUAUCUCAUGUGUUAGUACUGAAAAGCAUUAGGCAGCAACGCAGUAGUUCCACAGGUCAGUAACGCUGGAGUAGCCACCUCAGCUGUAUUUUCUGCUAAACGCUGUAUUUAAUGUUGUUAAAUUUAUUAAUUCAAUAAAUCUGUAUUUAAUGCUAAAA